AUGGGGCCCAGGUUGGUGAAGAUGACCAGCUCGCCUUUCGGGGCCUUGUCCUUCAAGCUGGCGGCUGCUGGCGCGGUACUGCUCAUGCACUGCUACCGGCACACCGAGGGCUUUACGCUGGACGAGUUGCAGACUUUGACCGCGAUCUACUCAGAUGUGGUGGAUCAAGUCGCGCGGAGACGAGAGGGGAUGAAUCUCCUUCCAGCAGAGAUGCUGGGGGACGUGCUGGUGCAGUUCUUUGGGCCCGCGCAGGCGCAAAAGGCCCGCUUCAUGCAGCAGGAAUGCAUUGCCCGCAUGGCGAAGCGAGAAGACCAUAGUGAAGUCAAGAAGCCCAGCAUCGGCAUGGGCUUUCAUGAAGUUCUUCUUUGGGCGCGGCGCUUGCGCGAGAAGGAGUUCGAGAACUACAGGGAUGCCUUCCGGAAGUAUGACGAGGACGGCAGCAACUCCAUCGACAUGUCGGAGCUGCAGAAGGUGAUCAAAGAGUGCCCCAGACACGUUUAA